AUGGACACAAAAUGCGAUCACUUCGUGCGUAUUCUGCGCAGUCAAAUAAACAACCUAAGGCACUACCCAGGUCGCCGUCAUAACCUAGAGCGUCAUGAUUUACAGGCCCCUAGCUUUUCCUCAAAUCAUCGCCCGAGAAUCAUUGAGCAGCUGGAAGAAGUUCACCGCGAGGUGAAGGAGCUUAUGACCACUACUGCCGAUGCGAAACCUACUAACCUUCAAAAUCUCUGCGCGAGUAUCAUGCCAGUACUUCCUUCAUUGAUACGUACUCUGAAAUCUAUUUCAAUAGAAGACCACAAGGUUGCCUUUGACCUCGAGCGCCUUCUCACUCAUGCUGAGGCAGUGAACGUUAACAACAAAAACAUAGGGCCAACAGUCGUCUUUCUACCUUUCUGA